AUGUUACAUUUUAUUGGCACUCCUGUUUUGUACUCUAAGUUCGUACCAGUUGCGAGCGGGCGACCCAGAGCCGCAAUUAGGGCCGGGCUUGGUUCGUCGGCGGCGGUGGCGGCGGUGGCGGCGGUGAGCUCAAGGCCGCGACCGAACGGUACGCGUACCGUAUGCUCCGGGUACCGGUACCGAUAUGCGCAAAGUCACGACUCCGCUCGCCAGGGAGGCUUAGUCGAAGUGGCCGGCCUGGUGCAUCAAUCGCUGUGCACAAGGUUCAAGGCCGCGUAUCGGGCGGUGAGCGCGGGGAUCGAUCGCGUCAGGCGCGCGCCGCUAAGUAGAUUUUCGCGCGAC